AUGGUCAACGUACCUAAAACCUGGAGGACUUUCUGUAAGAAGUGUGGAAAGCAGCAGCCCCACAAAGUGACCCAGUAUAAGAAGGGCAAGGAUUCCCUCUAUGCCCAGGGAAAGAGGUGCUAUGAUAGGAAACAGAGUGGCUAUGGUGGGCAAACAAAGCCAAUUUUCUGGAAGCAGGAUGAAACCACAAAGAAGAUUGUGCUGAGGCUUGAAUAUGUUGAGCCCAACUGCAGAUCCAAGAGGAUGCUGGCCAUUAAGAGAUGCAAGCAGAGAUAA